AUGUCAGGCCAAUUGAACUACUCUGACGAGGCUUAUGACGAGCUUGAGGAUGAGUACAAAAAGUACAAUAAUCAAUUAAUGCUUCAUAUCAGUAAGGUAGGCCUAAUACUGGUAGCACUUAUUUGGGGGGUAUUUUUAUCGAUAAAUUCUAUCCCUGGGGCAUGGGAUGCUGGUUUAUCCAAACGUCGUGAAGGUUUCUCCAAGAAGGUUUCGACAAGUAAAGAUGGGUUGGCGAAGAUAAAUUUUAGUUUGUUAAGAAAUGGGACUUUUGAAGCGAAUUUCCAACAGGUAGAAUGGGUUGGUGGGGUUGAUACUGCUGAUGAUCGUGGGCUAUAUGUUACGAUUGAUGAGAAUUCGCAUAUUUUGAAGUCUGCGUUUGAUGAAUCGUUUGCUAGCUUGUUAUUUGAAGGAGAUACAAUGACCAUCGAUGGGAAAAACCAUACGGUGGAAUAUUUCAAGGAAUCGCCCGAUUUAAAGCGGGGUAUAAUAAGGACAGAUUCUGUGGACAAUUGGAGGCAUUCAAAAUUUGGCACCUAUUUCGUGUAUUCCUUAGAGCAUAAAAACUUUCGCUUAUUGGGUGAUAAUAUUGCACUUGCUGUAUGGUCCCCCGACUCGCAAUAUGUUGCAUAUGUUUAUGAGAAUGAUGUGUAUAUAUUUUCAGUGCUAGAUGAUGAAAUUAAACGAGUAACUUUUGAUGGUAGUGAAAUUUUACUUAACGGUAGGGCAGAUUGGGUAUAUGAGGAAGAGGUUCUUGAAACGGGAACGGCGUUAUGGUGGUCGCCCAGUAGCACUUAUUUGGCAUAUUUCAAGACAAAUGAUGAACAAGUACAUGAAUUCCCAGUUUCUUACUAUUUGAGCUCUGAGGAUGCUAUAUAUCCUGAGAUUAGAAAGCUCAAAUACCCCAAGAGUGGUACUCAAGGCCCAAUAGUAUCGUUGAAUAUCUACGAAGUUGGUCCUGCUAGGAAUUCAAUUGUUAAUUUGAAAGAUAACACUGCAUUGAUUACAGAGGUCAAAUGGCUUGGUGAUACGCAGAUUUUGGCCAAGGUGAUGGAUCGUGUUGCUCAACGUUUAUCUGUUAUAUUAGUCAACGCACAGGAUAAUGGCCAUACAGUUACUCCAAGAGUUGAGAAUGCAAACAAUACCUGGUGGGAAGUGACUCACAAAACAAUGUUUAUUCAAAAGGAUGAAACUAAUGAUAGAUUGAACGACGGUUACAUUGAUCUCAUUCCGGUGAAUGGCUACAAUCAUUUGGCGUAUUAUUCGCCACCUGAUAAUCCAGACCCAAUAAUUUUGACUAGCGGUGACUGGGAAGUGGAUGGUGGCCCUGCCUCUUUCGAUCGUGAUAGCAACGAUUUGUAUUUCUUUGGUACUAAGAAAUCAUCUAUGGAGAGACAUUUGUAUUACGUGAAUUUAUUGAAGCCUUUAACAGUUAAUGAAGUUACUGAUACUUCAAAGGAAGGUACAUACUACGCGACGUUUUCUGGCAGUUCCAGAUUCCUUCACUUAAGGUACAAUGGACCAGGAGUUCCAUAUCAGAAGCUCAUAGAUUUGAAAUCUGAUGUUGAUGAUAAACAACUCAACGGAAAUGUCAUUGGAGAAACUUUGUAUUAUGUGGAAGAAAACAAGAAUUUAAUAGAGGUUCUUAAGAAUUAUUCCGUUCCAACACGUACUUUUGGUGAAUUGAACCUUGGUAAGGAUGCCGAUGGUGAAGAAAUUCUAGCGAAUUACUUUGAAAUACUUCCUCCAGACUUUGAUGCAAGUUUGAGAAACCACUACCCAGUAUUUUUUUAUACAUACGGCGGUCCAACCUCUCAACAGGUGAUUAAAACAUUUUCAGUAAGCAAUCUCCAAGUUUUCGCUUCUGAAUUAGAUGCUAUUGUAGUUGUAGUCGAUGGUCGAGGAACUGGCUUUAAAGGUCAUAAAUUCAGAUCGGUUGUUCAUGGUAACUUAGGUGACCUUGAAGCUUCCGACCAGAUUGCCGCUGCAAAAUUAUACGGUGAAAAAUCAUAUGUCAACAAGAACAAGAUUAGCAUCUUUGGAUGGUCAUACGGUGGUUAUCUAACCUUGAAAACUUUGGAAAAAGAUUCAGGUCAAUACUUCAAGUAUGGUAUUGCGGUCGCCCCAGUCACCGAUUGGCACUUGUAUGAUUCUGUGUACACUGAACGAUACAUGCUAACCCCUAAAGAGAACCCUGAUGGUUACGCUAAAUCAAAGGUUCACAAUGCAACUUCAUUCGCUCAGGUACCAAGGUUCUUAUUGAUACAUGGUAGCGGUGAUGACAAUGUCCAUUUCCAACAUUCUUUGAAGUUCUUAGAUAUGCUCAACUUAGAACAGGUUAUGAACUACGACCUAAUGGUAUUCCCCGAUUCUAGACACGAUAUCUCCUUUCACAACGCUCACACCGUUAUAUAUGAGAGAUUAUUGAACUGGGCAAGGCAGGCAUUCAAUGGUGAUUUCAUCCAGUAA